GCGACGUCUGUCUCAGACGACGCCUUCUUCUCCGCGACUGGGCGAUCAAGGACUCCCGGCUCUAGCUUCUACUCAUCGUCGACAUUCACUAGGGGUCUCACAACUACGGAUACUAGGACGGGUACUGGCCUUGGUACGGACGAGACGCUGCUGGACAUCGUCUCCGGCACGGGGACCCACGUCGUCGCUUCGACGCUGUCUCUCAGAGGCACGACCUCGGCGUCUAUGCUGGGCGAUUCGCACAGCGGGUCGAGCGGUCUGCCGUCGACGUCGCCUUCACGCAGCGGUCUGACACGGUCGAGGGCCGUCGCGCGCCGGACGCCUAGAAGCAGCUCGCGCACGUACUCCUCGUACGAUCGCAGCAGCGAAGACGCGUCUGACAAGGAGAACACGGGAAGCUAUACCCCCACUGCGACUCGAUCGUACACCGAAGGCCUCAGCACCCUGGAGACGUACUCAAGCUCAUAUACACCCACGAGAUCUUACACCCCUACGCCGUCAUCCUCGUCUUACACGCGGUCGGACGACUAUACGAGAUCUUCGGAGGGGCCGGACAGCGAGCCGGCGCGAUCAAGCACGACGGCGCAGAGCACGGAAUAUGCGACGGCUAGGUCCCCAUCAGAGUUAUCCUACGUAUCGUUGCCGACGAUCCCGUCGCUCGCCUCUGACUACGACACAGCGGAGGUUUGCUCCACGGAGUACGAGACGGCCCCCAAAUGCCCUACGGAGCCUCUCUCAGAGUACGAGACGGCGGAGGUCUGCCCUACGGAACCAGGGUCGGAGUACAUCACAGCGGAGGUCUGCCCGUCGGAAGUAGAGACGGACUACAAGACGGCGGAGUGUAGGUGCGCGAAACGCGAGGAGGUCGAAGAGGAGGACGAGGAUGUAGUCAGCAUAACGCCUUCCGCGAUCCCCACCAUCCCGUCAGUCUCACCGAAGAGCUCGGUGGCUGACGUCCUGCAGCCGGAGGAUAUUCCCUUGCCGCCCUCGGUGUACAGUCCAUCCGUCACACCGACGGAACUCUCGGAGGUGCCUACCCCCACAGAGGAGCCUGUCCCGUCGCCCUCUCCUCCUGUACCAUCAGAGCCCGAGUCAUCCGUCAUCUCGAUACCCGGACCAUCACCCAUUCCGACGACAGAGUCUCCUCUUGGUUCUCUGCCCUCUGUGUCAACUGUAUCGACGCCGACCGAGUCUUCCAUUACGCCUACGCCGACAGACCUUCUUACGUCAUCUGUUCCUUCGACGAUUGAGCAGCCGCCGACGCCGUCUAGCCCCGCUAUACCUGAGUCGCUAUGGGGGGUUGAGAGCGACGAAUCGUAUGAAUCGUCUCUUCUCAGGGCCUCUCCGUCGGUUCAAUCGCUUGCCUUGCCGGAGGGUGCGGAUACGUCGUUUGAGACGUCCUUCCUCCGACCUAGUGGAUCGCCGUUCACAGAGGAGGAAGAUGUGAGUCUCCUGACUCCCAUCACAGAGUUGAGCACCGAGUCUGCGACGUCGGUACCAUCGUCGCCUUCCGAGUCCAUCACGCCCACUCCGUCGACGAUCUCCCUUCCUCCGAGUGUUCCUUCGCCUACCCCUAUCUCGACUGCAGUACCGCUCCCAACGGUAACGCUCUCCCGCACGCCAUCGACUAUCUCAACGGUGUCCUCCGUUUCUAUGAGCUCAUCUGUUUUCGAGCCGCGAUCUCUCUUCGAUUUUCCUUUAUCGAUUGCAGAGGACGAGGUAUCUACUGAGCCUUCCCUGCUCUCAGUGAUGCCUUCGCCGACCAUUAGACCGAUAUCUCCGCGUGUCGUUCCUUUGCCUCCAUCACCGGCUCCAAGUCUUGUACCCCCCACUCCGACCAUGAGUGUCAGCAUCACUACACCACGGGGAGAUAUACCAUCGAUCAGGUCUACUGUGGAGACUAUACCUUCCGAGGCUCCGAGCACCAUCCUGACACACGACGUCAACCGUCUUUUGCAAUACCUCAAUGACAUCGAUACCCAACGAGGAGCAGAGAACCGGGAGAUGGCGCACAACAUAGAAGAUAUCAGACAUCUUCUGGAGGAGCUGAGAGACAAUCAGCGCGAAUUGUCAGUGACCGUACCUCCGCCGAUGCAGCCAGCUCCGCCAACGCUGCGAGAGGUCAUCCGAGAGGUCCCAGUGCCGAUCCCUGCCCCUGCACCAGAGGUUCCUCCUCCCGUGCCGAGGAAGGAUAGGUCAGUCGGAGGAAGUAGCAUCAUUAGCACUACUCCCGUUCGUCCUACCCCCAUUCGUCCUGGAGAGUCAUUGGAAGCCACCCCACGGCUCACUCGACCCCGUCUGAUACCUAUACCAUUGACGCCGCCUCCUCUGCGCAUACGCCUCCCGUCGCCCGAUACGACGAUUUCGCUUUCGGACUCUUUCUUGUCCUCUCAUCAUUCAGACGAUUUUAGUCUGAUGGAGUCUGAGGGGUAUCCUGCGAUGCCAACAUCUCCAUCCUGGCCGUCAGAACCAAGUUCCUCCCCUGAAUCAUCACCGCCAUCAUCACCGCUGUCCCUACCUUCGAGAACACCAUCUUUCUCAGCUAGCCCGACGCCUCCGCCGUCUUCCUCUACACCUGCUUCGCCCACCUCCUCUGUAUCCAGCGGCACUGCCAGGCAAGUCCCGCCAGUGGGUCUCAGCACUCUGCGUGAUGCGUUGGCACAGAUCCGCGAGGAGAUGUCAGCCUUGCAGACGAACCAAGCUACUGCCAGCCAGAUUCUGGAGGAGCUACGUGCGAGGCCAGUGGGCCAGGAUAUAUCGGACUGUUGUCGCAGGCUGGAGGAGGCCAUCCAGCGCAUUAUGGAACAGACGCAACGCCCUCAGGCUCCGGCUCGUGAUGAUCGCUCGGAAUCUCUCUAUCCUUCGGGUUCAGAUACUUCACUGCUGGACCACAUAGCACGGUUGCGAGAGGAAGUUGGUCGUGACCUCCCUCCGAUUCAGAUGCCUGUACCCGUUCGUGCAGGCCCCUCUUUCGAUGAGCGGUUGGUGGAUAUGCUGGCCGAAGGCCCGCCAGUAAAUCAACAGCCGAUCCAACCACCGCCCCCCAUCGUCCCUCUGACGUAUCGGCCGGGUCCUAGGGUGAGCCGACCUCGCAGUGCAAGCCCGGUUUUCGAGACCGAUCUCCCGCCACGCCCGGGCACCUUUCCCAUUACGCAGCCUGUGGUAUUUGAGCCCAGAAGGCGGCCUAUCCCUCGAACUCCUCGUGUUCGACGGUAUCCGCCCCCUGCAGAGCCAUCUGAAACGGAAAGCGCAUAUGCACCUCAGAUGCCUCCCUCUGAGCGCAUCAUUCCCCGUGACGCAAGACGUCCUGAAGAUGACAUUGACUUCUUGGACGAAGUACAGAUAAGGCGACGUGGGCGCCGGCCGGGGGAUGGUUUCUUUCAGUCGGAUGGAACGCCGGGACCUGAUCGUAGGCCGCCCACUGCCCCAGCUGCCCUCGGAGAUGUGCCUCCUUUGCCACAGCAAGCUGCCCCAGGUACUCAGCCUGUUCCAGCUGCACCUGCGCCUCCUCCAGGUGUCUUCGCCCCCGCACCUCCGACACAGGUGAGACUUCAUUGCUGAACGCUCUAUUGCAACCUCUCACUUCAUAUCAGACUGUCCUCCAAAUACCGUUUGAUGACAUCUUGACACUUCUCCGCGACAACCGCACCGCCCAAUUGGCAUCUAUUGACCAAGUCCGCGAAGUAAUGCGUUAUCUGCGAGACUUCAACGAGUGGCACGGACGAGAUGUCGAAGAUCGUCACGCUGAGAUACGUGGACUCAACGCAA